UGGGUGACAGAUGCAGAGACAUUCAGCACUCCAGGAUUUUGGGAAGAGCUGGUUUACAGCCCAAACUGCAGGGAAGGUCUGUCUCCCUUGCAUGGAGGAGCAGCAGAAAGCUGAGGGAAGGUGACUUCCCUUACAGAUGUGUUCAGGCAUCACCUUUGCCACUGCUGACGUGGGUUGUCCCUUGGGCUGAGCCCUCUUAAGCUGAGCAGAUGGCCUGGCUCUGUGUGGGAUCCCAACACGUUGCCUGUGUCGCAUGUUAGUGGCAGGACAUGUGCAGGAGCACAAAGCUCGUUAGGGGCUCUGCUUGUGCAGAGGUAUUAAAGGCUCCUGGAGUAAGCAGGCAAAGUGACAACCCUGUUGUCAUUCUGGUACGACCAUCUGAUUGUGCAUGUUGAUUGUGUGUGUCACUUUCUAUGGCCUGGAAGCUCUUUGUGAGUUCUUUGCCAAGACAGGAACCCUGAACCCCAUCUCCCAUUAUAGACUCCUAUUUUUGCUUUAAACAGGCAGUUUAGUCAUCCUUGUGUAUAUUCUUCUGCAUAUUUCCUUUUACUGGAAAGUUUAUUCUUGUUGUCAUAGAAGCUGUUUGUUUUUAAAAGAAAAAAAUAAUUGGGAAAAGCACUUAGGGAUGUCACAUACAUAUUUACAGUGUGACCUGAGGAUGAGUGCUGAAGACUUUGGGAUGAGCAGGCACAUGCUACCAGUGCCAGAACUCAUUGGAAGACUGGCUACCAGCUCCUUACAGUUUAUAAUCUGUAAAAGAAGUGAUUUUACACACUGUCAUCACUGGGAAGCUGACAAUUCGAGGCUUCAUGCAGCAAAUAAUGGCUUUUUAGUAAAUUGAAACAUUGAUAGAGACCUGAUGGCAACACUUGCAGUAAUAUUUUCCCUGACAGCAUUCCCAAUUCACCAGCAAUUUUUCUCACCCCUGCAAUUCCUGAUCUAAAACCAUCACCACACUUAAAAUGAAUGCAUGGUUCCUAAAAGCUAAUCUAAAAAAUGGCUUUCCCAAGCUUGCCAGCUUCCUUGCCUGGUUCCCAGUAAGCUGCUGCAGUGCCCUCAGCCCAGCUCCCUUGGGAUGCUCCAUGUGACGGCUUAGCAGCACGAGGCCAUGUGCAUGAGCUCUGUCACAAUGGGUUGUACAGAAAGGGGAGACUUACAGGUGUCCUCCUUGGCUGUGCUUUCUCCUGCUGUAGCUGCAAAAAGUGCUCAGUCUGUCCUCAGCUUGGGGAAGGGAGCGUGCAAUGGCACCAGAGGGAAAGGGGGAGACAGGAGGGAUGGGAAGCAGCAGGGCAAGCAUGGAGGAGAAAAAUGGUCAGGAUCUCUGCCAAAGGAAGCCAUAAGCUUGGUCAGGUCCUGCUGGCUCAAGCUGAGAAUAGCAAAGCAGCAAGAAAUCAGGCAGCAGCAAUGAACUACCUGGAUGAAGUUCCCUUCCGGACAGCCAUGAGUCUCAAUGGGGACUCAGAGGGAGAAAUCACUUUAGUCACUGCCCCUGACAUUGAACUCCCCGACUGCACCGACAUCCUCAUGAGCACCAUGCACGACUUCUCUCUGGAAAGGAAAGUGCUGUACUGGGUGGAGGUGGCCUCUCAGCAGCAAACCUCCCGCCAUCGAGUCACCUCCGAAGUCGUCCCCACGGCUCCCCCGUGCUGGCUGCUGCUGGUGGAUGCCGCCGACAGCUACGGCGGGCGGGGCCGGGACGGGGCGGUGCGGCGCUCCAUCAGCCUGAGCGCUGCCGACAGCUCCUACGGGCACGCCAAGGGCAGGGCAGCCCUGUCCGACACCGAGAGUGACACCUGGCACUCGGAUGAGGGCGACUACUCGGAUGAUGAGUACUCCUCAACCUCUUGGGAGGACAAUGACAAGGAUGAAACGCUCCUCUCCAGGAGGAGAAGCUCUGGGAGAAGUGUGUCUUCACGCCCCGGCUUUUACCAGACCCGACCAAAGACAUCGCCCGGCUUGCUGGAGCCCUCACCAGAGAACAAUGUCCACAACCCAGCCAGCCCAGACCCCAGCAAGCAGAGAAGAUCCAUGGUGAUAUUUAACAACAUGAAGAAUGAGCUGGAAGCCGCCAGGAGGAAGCUGGCUGCUUUGGUGCAUCCAUUGAACAGAGCUGCCACAGGGAGCAGGGGGAUCCUGGUGCCACGGCUGCUCCCCCAGUGCCCCGGCACCAACCACAGCGUCAAGUACGAGCCAGAUCCGGACGUGUCCCAGCAGGGCACGGCUGUGCCAGCUCCUCCAGCCACAGCUACGCCCAUCCCUCCCAUCAAACAGCACAAGCCCACGGUACCGUCCCUCAGCCCCUACACUUGCCUCCCCCCUGCCUCCACACCUGGACGACCUCUCAGCUGCCACAGAUCCCAGCCGGAUUCCUCUGCUGAUCUGCUCUCUGCGCUGAGCCAAGAGGAGCGAGACCUCAUCGAGCCCGUCAUAGCCCUGGGCUACCCCACCCAGAAAGCCAUCCUCACCCUGCAGAAGACGGGAAGGCAAAGCUUAAGUCAGUUCCUGAGCUACCUGGGUGCCUGUGACCGGCUGCUGAAGCAGGGCUAUGAGGAAGGGCAGGUGGAGGAAGCCAUGGAAAUGUUCCAGUACUCGGAGAAAAAGGCAGCUGAAUUCUUGCAUCUCUUGGCUCAGUUUAAUGAUAUGGGCUUCCAGCAAAAUGAAAUCAAAGAAGUUCUUUUGCUUUGUGGGAAUCAGAGGGAGAGGGCACUGGAAGAGCUCGUGAUGAAAACCCACUGAGCAGCAUCCUGGAGCAGUCACAGCUUCCCGUCUCCACACCAGACCAGAAGGACUCAGGUGGUUCUGCUGCUCCAUCCCCACCUCUGGAAGCACCAGACACACAACUUCACAGUUCUGCCUUGGUGUCUCAUUUUGUGGGCAUCCAUCAUAAGAGUGUUUGUCAUUCAGGCACUGACUGCCUAGCAGGAAUGUUUAUCUCCUCACCCACAAAUCCCCACCCGUGAUCAUCUCAGCUGUUCAGAUUAGAUGAAAGAAAAUCCAAAUCACCUUUGGCUUAGAUUUUUGCAAAACCCAAACCAAACCAGUGUUCUCCCUCCAGCUGGGGUGAUGGGUGUCAUGUUUUCAGCUACAAUCAAAUGGGAAUUCUUAAAAGAUUAUAUAAAUCAACAGAAGAAAUUGUUUUCCUAAAAUCUGAAGGCUCCUGCAGGAACAUGUGUUGGUCCUGGCUUGGGAAGAGUCUCAGCUGACUUAGUCAUGGUUGAAUAUUGUAAUUGAAAUUCACUUUGAUCGCAUUAGCUUCUCCUUUUAAACCAGAAAUGUGUGGAAAAUGCACAGUUCUGUGUGGGUAAAGAAAGAAAACAAGCUGCCCUUGCUGUGAAAUGCAUGAGGUUUAUCCAGUGCAAUGAAAAAUGGUGGAGGCAGAAGUUUGUCCUCAGGCAACUUCAUGAAAUCAGAAUAGAGAGAUGGGGAACUGCUCACUGCCCUCAUGCUCUGCCCAAAUCAGGAAAAUUCAGGGUAUGCUUCCCUAAACUGUGAAGACAGUGGCUCCAAAUGAAGUGAAGCAUGAAUGUGAGCAUCAGGAACAUCUGGAUGCCCAAGGGAAUUUCUGUAUGCAGCUGAAGGACAGAAGAUGGGAGAUUCAGAUCACUGUACAGGAUGUGUGUCCUGGCUUGGCAGUGGAACAGUGAACAGUGUUUUCACAUAAAGUGUGUUAUUUUCCUGUGAAUUAGAUACAGAUGUAAUUUCUUUGAGUAAAGAUGUUUGGAGGGUUCUUCUGCAA